UGUGUGAGAGGUACCAGAGGCAGAAAAGGGGGCUGAUGGUGGAACCCUGGGGACAGAUGCCGCAGUUGACAGGGUGAUGGGAGAAGAAAGCAGAGGCGGGACCACAGAGGGCAGUGUCACUUAAGCCAGGAGAGGAGGUGCUGGUCUAUAGCAUGAGUCCCCCGAGCUCAGGUGACAUAAGGAUUGAACAAGCAAAAACUCCAGGGAUGAGAAACCUCCCCUCUUCCUUCUGCAACAUCAAACCUAAACUCACUUCGCUAAUGCCACGCCACCCACCGCACUCACUUCCUCCUUUUUCCGCAUCGGCCCCUCUGCUCGUGGGCCCACAGAGGCCAUAGCAUCCUGGGUCGUGUUCUGCCCCUUUCCUGGAAGGCCCGCUCCUCACCCCUUCACAUGUGUAAGUCCUAUCCUCCCAGGCCCAGCACAGGCCUGUGUCCCCCUCGGCCACCCCAGCCGCCCCGAGCAGCUCUGCUCCGUAGAGGCCUGUUUGUAUUUCUCUCCACUUAACACUCUGUUACGUGCGGUCUGGUGGUGGCUGUUGAUUCGUGAAGUUUGACUCUUCUUGUAAGCGGCUUGAGGUUGCAUCCCCGUGUAGCCAUGACGACUGCCAUCCUGGAGCGUCUGAGCACCCUGUCCGUGAGUGGACAGCAUCUGCGCCGCCUGCCCAAGAUUUUGGAGGAUGGGCUGCCCAAGAUGCCCGGCACCGUCCCGGAGACCGACGUGCCCCAGCUCUUCCGGGAGCCCUACAUCCAUGCUGGGUACCGCCCCACCGGCCACGAGUGGCGUUACUACUUCUUCAGUCUCUUUCAGAAACACAACGAGGUGGUCAACGUCUGGACCCACUUGCUGGCGGCUCUGGCCGUCCUCUUGCGGUUCUGGGCCUUUGUGGAGGCCGAGGGCCUGCCGUGGACCUCUGCCCACGCCCUGCCCCUGCUCCUCUACGUCCUGUCCUCCAUCACUUACCUCACCUUCAGCCUCCUGGCCCACCUGCUGCAGUCCAAGUCCGAGCUCUCCCACUACACCUUCUACUUUGUGGACUACGUGGGCGUGAGCGUUUACCAGUACGGCAGUGCCUUGGUCCACUUCUUCUACACCUCCGACCAGGCCUGGUACGAGCACUUCUGGCUUUUCUUCCUGCCCGCAGCCGCCUUCUGUGGCUGGUUAUCUUGCGCCGGCUGCUGCUACGCUAAGUACCGUUACCGCAGGCCUUACCCAGUCAUGAGGAAGAUCUGUCAGGUGGUGCCGGCGGGGCUGGCCUUCAUCCUGGACAUCAGCCCCGUGGCACAUCGCGUGGUUCUGUGCCACCUGUCUGGCUGCCAGGAGCAGGCGGUCUGGUACCACUCCCUCCAGAUCGUCUUCUUCCUGGUCAGUGCCUACUUCUUCUCCUGCCCGGUUCCGGAGAAGUACUUCCCGGGUUCCUGUGACAUCGUGGGCCACGGGCAUCAGAUCUUCCAUGCCUUUCUGUCUGUCUGCACACUGUCCCAGCUGGAGGCCAUCCUCCUAGACUACAAGGGGCGACAGGAGGUCUUCCUGCAACGCCACAGCCCCCUGUCCAUCUACGUGGCCUGCCUCUCCUUCUUCUUCUUGGUCACCUGCAGUGCAGCCACUGCAGCCUUCUUGAGGCAAAAAAUCAAGGCCAGACUGACCAAGAAAGAUUCUUGAGGCCGGCAGGUGGGGCGCGGUGUGGAGCUGGCCUGAUAUGAUUUGGGGAAAACUUGAAUCAACAGUAGGAGUUGACUUUUUGUUUUUUAGAGCAGGCUUUUAAAUGAGUACAUAUUUCCAAGGGUGGCUAUGGCUAUGGCAUUAGGAAGCCAAAGGGUCCAAGAGUUUUGCUGUUAUUGUUGUAAAUGAAAGUAUUCCUUUAUCCUCUGGGCUGUAGCCUUACGAGACACAGGAAGGGAAGGGACCUUGGCUAAGAUUCAUCGGACACUGAAUUAAGAACCAUCGUCAUGGCUGAAAAUUUAGUAGAAUUCUGACUGUGGCCUCCAGGGGCAAGGCCUGGUCUAAAGGGAUGAUCCAACUGGACUGGAAAAGUUAGGAGGUGGCUGGACCACACUGUAUUGAAAUGAGCAUUCUUCUAUGAUGCUGGUCUUUGGUAAUUGGGUACAUUGGCCCAAGGACCCGAUUUCAUUUGGAUUUCAGAUUGUCCGGGGUGGAGAAGUCAGAAUCUUCAAGAAGAUUCCGUAAAACCCUCAGACAUCGUGAAUUACUCGGUUUGUCUGACUUCUGGUCCCUUCUCUGGCCCACUCUAGCACUGACCCUUUUCUCAGGAUGAUGUCUUCCUGGCUGUUUUCUCCCAAGUGCUGUUCACUCCCAUCUGUACCUUGCAUGGUGAUAGAGAGGACGAUGAAGCAGUCAUACUUCCAGGAAAUGCUUGGAUCCAUGUGGACAUUCAGGAAACUUACUCUCAUAUAAUACUAAUGGAAACAGUAGUAGAAAAUACAGUGCCAAGAGCCAUCAGGAGGUCCAGCCAGCAAGCAUGGAUACUGUUUGGUGUCAUGGGACCCUUCUGUUUUAUACCUGUGUAUUGCAGGAUUACUUGAGAUCUAUUAGGGCUGCCUUACAUGCCAGAAGGUCUGGAGCUUUUUCCAGAGCAUCUUCUCCGGAUUUUGACCAGCAUGUUCAAAAAGCCCCUGGUAGAGUGAAUUGGUUCUAAGAGUCCCACUAGGGAUCUGAUUAUUUCAAGAGGAACUCAAGGUCCAGCCUCUUAAAUAGAUGCUGCCCCAUGAAGGACCCGCAUAACUACCCUAGUUCAGGGUCCUCGGGAGGCAGUUGUACCUCAGCUUAGAGCAGCUUAAAUUAAUCAAGCCCCAGGACAGGCACAUGUGUGCAUUCAUGGUGGAUUGGUCCCCGAAGGCUCCUUUGGGUGAGGAUGGUGAACUGGGCACCCUGUAGGCAGAAUGUUCUGUUUAGGACAUAGUUGCCCAGCAGCUUCUGUGGGAUGGAGGGGCUUGCGGUUGAUGUGUUCUGGCCACGCAGCCCUCCUGAGGACUGCCUUCUGCCCUGAUCCAGUGAAGGGGGCUGCAUUGGAACCCUCCCCAGAGGCUGUAUUUCCUAUCAGUAUAAGGUCUCUGUUUACUAAAAAGGGAGGUGGGUUUUCAUUCCAGUUUGAUGAAUCUCCUCUCUUCCUAGAUUACUUUGUUGUCUUCAUGUCUUUGUUUUCUUCCUUUCUCUUGAGAGAUGUGUAGGGUUUGUGCCUUAUAAAUGGAAAUGUACAAACUUAAUACACUUAAUACAUGGCCAUGUGGAAUUUUCAGUUUGGGGUUAUAGGCAUAAGGAAAAAAGAAUUAAUUGCCUUCCAACCCAUGGAUGAAGAAACUUCAGAAUACCAGAAUUGCUUAUCCAUCAGAAGACUCUUUCAACCUGUAUUUUGGAGGGAAAAAUUCAACUGAGGCUUUCCUGUAAUCUUUAUAUCAAGAAAUCGUAUGUCGGGACUUCCCUGGCAGUCCAGUGGUUAAGACUCUCCGCUUCCACUGCAGGGGGUGCGGGUUCAAUCCCUGGCCGGGGAACUAAGAUCCUGCAUGCCGUGGAGUGACCGAAAAAAAAAAAAAAAAAAAGCAAGCAUAUGUCUUGUCAGUUAUGUUGUUUUCCUAGAUGGAUUUCUCCUGGGAAUCCUCAAAUACCUGAACUUCUGUGCUACCCAAGUGUCUUACACGAGCUUCUGGCAUCCAGGCCAAAUUCACCGCCAAUAAAGUUAGCAACACCAAACCGGUUGAACUGAUGAACAAGGGAAUGGAAAGUUGUUGUCAACACAGUGCAAGUAGAGGGUCAGUUUAAAUGGAGAUGAGAAAGUGUCUGAAAUGUCUGUAAUUAUGGAUUCAGAGGCUAUCUUCUUUUAAAAAUUGGAAGGGAGAUGUAAGUCAAGCUCUUGCAUGUAACCAUGGUGGUCAUGGUGGGCAGAGAUCUUAGGCCAAAUGCAGGUAUUUUUUAAGGGAGAAAACACAAGGUACAGCAGUGGUCCUCCAACGCCAUCCGCAGACCAGUGCCAUUCUGCACACUUAUUGGUCUGUGACAAGAUAAGUACAGAGAGACACUAAACUCUUAGAUAUGAACAUAAAAUUCAUAACAUUUUGAUUUUAAUUUACCCAAGUAUUGGUCCCUCAAGUACUGGAAAUUUAAAAAAAAUUUUUUCACCAGAGAUAUUUGAGAAGUGUUGAGGGACUACUUUCUGGUUAGAAAUUCCAGUAUCUCAUGAGAAAUAGAGAAACAGGAGAUGCAGGCGUUUUUAAAUACUCAGACUCUUAAGGGGUUAAAUACUCCUUUUAAAACAUUUUCAUUCAAACGAUUGAAUCAGUAAGGAAGAGACCUAGUUUGUUUAAAAGGAAUAAUAAGUAUUUGAUAAAGGGGAUGGUUCUUCUUAUUCCACCAAAGCCAAAAGUUGACAUCUGUUGGAAAUUCUCCUGUUACUGAUCUCUUUUUUACUAAGGCUUUCAACCUAUUAAAAUGUAAAUGCCUCUGGGGAAAAAAAAAAACAUAAACUAAACUAUUAGUCAUUUAUGUCUUGGGAAUAAAAUGGGUAUUGUAUGUGGCCCGCUACUCAGGGUAGAGAGAGGGAAUAACAGGAUGCAGCGAAUUGGGGACCUAUUUGCCUGUUUGUUUCCCUCUUGCAAGCACUUCCUGACCUAUAUUUACUAGGGACCUAAUGUUAAUACUCUUCAGAUGUUAGGGUUUCAUCUCCCACCUUGGCUGAAAGUACCUCACUCAGUAACUCUAUUCUCAGUCCUCUACUGGAAGCUUGAAACAGUAGGCGCUCAAGCCAUGGAAUGGAGGUAGUUAUUUCCUGCCUCUGUUGCCCACCUGUUCACCAGUUGUACCCUGAUGCUUGAAAACAUUAGGUUCUUCAGUUGCCACGCUGUACUUUCAAAUGGGUCCUCCAGAUGGUGCUCAUGUCUUACUCAGAGAAGGCAUGGCCAUUGUCCCCAAGGCCUCCGCCUAAUUUUGUUGUUCCUAGGGUUUUGCUUGAUUGCUUGGCAAAGAAAAAAUAGAACUAUUUUCUGUUUAUAUAAAUCUACUUACACAAAUGACCAUUUAACAGAUUUUGUAAAUGCAUUAUUGUACUCUCAACAGCUACCUUGUGUCUUUGACAAGGCCUAUCUUAAAGAAAGGUUUUAUCUAGACAAACAUUGCCAGAAGGUGAUCAGGACACUUCAUAGCCACCUAGAAGUAGGAAAGUAUAAAAACUUUGAAAAAAAUCUCCAUACCCAAAAUCCCAAAAUAUGCUCCCCCUCCCCCAAAUCCCCACUUGUGAGUAGAUCAAAGUGGGCCCCCUCCCCAAAAGCUAUGGAGUUGAUUUCUCUAAGGAUUUUCAAUCUAACUGAAUAAAUAUUUUAAUCUCAUGGACAAUAGUGUUAAAUAUUCCAAACUUUUGAAUUGAUAGACUGUAUUUUUUGAAACCUAAAAAUUAUGAACUAUACUAUUGUUAUACUGUAACAGGUACUAUGGUUGUGAAAUGUGGCACCUAUCAACCAAAGGAUUCUGUAGCCUUAACUAUUAGAUUUAAAUAGCUGUGGAAAAGGUGAUUCUACUAUCACCAUAACAGGAAGAAAACAGCAUUCUCUGGCUAGAGGCUCCACUGAUAGAAUUAUGGAUACCCCUCUUGCCCAAAUCCUUUUUAUCACCAGUAGGGACCCCGGGCAGUUUGCAAAUACUUCUGUUGUCACUGCUAAUAGUUUAACCACUCUUCAGUUAUUGAUUUAGCAAGUAUUUAUGAGCAUCUCUUGGUGGCAGACUCCAUGUUGGCUCUGGAGAUACCACAGUGAGGGUAAAAAACCGGGACCCUCCAUGCUAACAGAGGACCAGUGUCUUCCCACCUUGGGCCAUGAUAGGGGCCCCUCUCCAGGACUUGGUUCCAAUCACAGCCUGAGGGCCAGAUGGCCUGCCAGACCCAUGGGAGGCUGGGACCUGCUUUGGGCCAGCCCCUUUUCAAAAGGAUUGAGCUCUCUCCUUUCCCCUCCAGAGGCUGGAAACACUUCCCACUCCAGCAAGGCUGUCACCUUAGAGUCACCUCAACCCUUCCUGAUACUCCUGCUGCCUCCCCAGCCCAUCUUCCUGCCCUCUAGUUGAUUUAAUCCAGUCCUGGGGAAUCCUUGACACAGCCAGACUCAGAGAGAAGGCCUAUAUUUCCACAGGUGGUAUAGACUUCCCAUAAAGCCCAUCCUUUAGGGAAAGGGAUGUAGGGUUCCAACCUGAGUGCAGGUUCCUGAUUUGGUAAGUUGGAAACAGCAUGCUACACCCUGGCUUCCUCCUUUGGAAAAAAAAAAAAAAAAAAAUCCACCUUAUCCCUCAUGGAAUUUUUUAAGAAAUAUUUAAUAUAGAAGGAAAAUCAUUGCAUUAAAGAGAAAAUUCAUUUAGAUAUUAACUUUGGGAGCAUAUCUACCUAAGGUAAGGGCACUUCUUACCACAUGAUUCUCAUAGGAAAUUAUGCACUGUACUUUAGACUCUAGGAGGCCUUGGCCAAUUCAACGGCUCCAGAAUAACAGCUCAGAUUAUAUAGAGCACUAUGCUUCCCCAAAUAUUUCCACAACCAUUUGCGUUCCUAAAGAGUCAUGUGAGGUAAAACCAAAAAGAGCUCCAUUAAACCAGAAAACACACUAAGAAAGUAGAAUGAUUGCUUCAAAGUCACACAACUAGGAAUGUUUAAACUCAAAGUCCUUUUUCCUUCAGAUAAAUUCAGGGCCCAGCUAAUUCGAAACAUCAACACCAAAUAUUUGCAGAGCCCUUUGCAGUGUGUAAAGCACUUUUUAACGUAUUGUGUAUACUUUACCUAAUCUCAUUUUAAUUUUUGUUCCUAAAUACCUCAUGAAUAGCCAGGGUCGUAUCAUUUCUUUGGGGGUUAAGAAGUAUAUCGUGGAUGUCCUUGGAUAUCAAAUAAAGGAUUCUCUGCAUCUCAUGGUCUCCUCAGAAGCCAGAAAGUUCCAUUGGCUGUAGGCCCUCAGUGGCCUAGAUUUUAAAGUCAAAUCUCACUCUCCAGUCAUGGCUUCUUGAAAAUACCUUUGAAUCCUGGGAAGAGAAACCAAGUAUUGAUAAUCUCGCCAAGAUGAUACAACCCCGCCCUCUGCUCUUUCACUGGGAUUGUCAAUUCUUCAAACGAUUGGCUCUCCCAGGGAUUCUGACAAGUGACAAUGACUUUAAAAAUGUUUCUCUGCCUCAUAAAAGAGUUUUGCACACAUUAGUAGGAAGGCCCCCUCAAAAGGCAUUGGUUAUUUCUCAUUUCCAAGUAAUAAAGGCUUAUUAAAGAAAAUGCUAAAAAAUAGAGAAAAAAGAUAAUUCAUGGACACAUCACUAAAAUGAGUCCCUUCAGAGUAAGAAUAAGGCCAUGUCAAAAUGUUGUCAAUAAGUAAAUUAGCAGUGUGAUAUAAAGCUUCCUGAAAAGCCAGAAGUUAGGAAUUUUUAGGCAACCUAAUACUUUGAUUCUGUAAAGUACAAAAAAAAAUCAAUCAACAGUCUGGCUCAGUUUACAGUCACAUGACACUCCCUUCUGACAUUUACGUAGGUAAUUUGCUGGUGCUGUGGCUGGGACACUGGCUUAUGAAACAAAGCCAAUGAUACAUUAUCUCGCGUUGAAAGAACUCUGUGUGUGAAUCCAGCCCCACACUCCACAAACACUGAGCCACAGGUGCCAGUCCCUGUUCUAGGCACCAGGGAUACAGCCAUGGACAAAACAAAUCCCAGCCCUGACAGAGCCUUACCCUCAGCAGUUGGGGGGCUAGGGCAAGACAAACAACAAACCAGGACUUCCCUGGCGGUCCCGUGGUUUAGGACUCUGUGCCUUCACUGCGAAGGGGCACGGGUUCAAUCCCUGGUGGGGGAACUAAGAUCCCACAAGC